AGUUAACAUCGUUCGGCAUAAAAGUGUGAAAUAUCGCUUACCGCUACGGUCUCUAGCAGCAUGUUUUUCUGAAAUCAAAACAAAUUAAAACAGGAAAUACUUAAAACACUGAAAUAUGGAAAUUAGAAACAACGAUCCGGGCGCCGUUCAAUAUGGCAACUUCUUCAACUAUUAUCAGUUCAGCUCCGCUACGGAACGCGUGAAGCUGUUACCAGGUGCGGACAUUUGGCUACCUGUAUUGGACGAUGCAGAAUCCCAAAGAGAUAAACCCUAUUUCAUCCUGGAUGUGGGCUGCAAUUGCGGCGUACUCACUCAACUGAUGCAUAAAUACCUUAAGGAGCGUCUAGGGAGAUCGGUUAAAGUCCUGGGAGUAGAUAUAGACCAUCGGCUGAUUCAACGUGCCACCGAGGAGAAUGAAUCGCCGGAAGAUGUGAGCUACGCCUGCGUGGAUGUCCUCGAUGAUGAUGCCUUUGAAUCCGUAAAAACAUAUAUGGAGGUGAAUAAUCUCCAGAAGUUUGAUGCCAUUUGCUGCUACUCCAUUACCAUGUGGAUUCACUUGAAUCAUCAUGAUCAAGGACUGCGCUUCUUUCUGCACAAGCUCUCCAAUCUGGCAGAGCUCCUGGUGGUGGAACCACAGCCCUGGAAAUGCUAUCAGAAAGCAGAGAGACGCCUGAAAAAAGCCGGUGAGAUCUUCCCUCUGUUCCUGGAACUCAAGUGGCGAUCUGAUGUGGAUCUGCAGAUACAAAAGUACCUGGAGGAGGCUCUAGACCGACGGAAAAUAUUCGAGUCGGCGCCCACCAAAUGGCAGCGAAAGAUCUGCUUCUACAGAUGAUAAUUAAGGUGUAAAGCCAAUAAAUUGGAAGACCUUUCAAAUGGAUGAUAACCAAAUAAAUCUUAAAGUAACGAAUGGAAACUAGUCCACGUU